GCUUCUUGAAAAUAUGGUAUUACAUUUGAAAAAUUAUAGGUUUCAUAAUAUUUUUAACGAAACCAACCAACGUUCCCAAUGUGCGGUCAAAUUUUUCGAUUCCAAACGUCACCGCCAUGUUGGAAACACUUCGGCUUUCUUCGGCUCUCGCAUUUUUCGCUCCGUACAUUUGACGUACGUUCGAUAGGCGCGACGGGGUGGCGGAAGAAGCGAGAGACAGACAGAAAUCGAAAAGUGACAUGACGAGAGAGGGCCGUUGACUGCUCUCUCUCAUUCAUUUGCUCACCACCAUCGAAGUAAGUUCGCUCGCGAUCGGCGCGCGCAAGAACAAAAACAAGACGAAAAACAGUUUGAAAAACGUACGGAAAAUUUGGGAAAACAAUCGUACCCACCAUUGGGUAAACGUUCCGGACGAAACAAUCCGUGUGCAGCAACAUAUUCUACCGUACGCAGGUCAGCGUGCGGCAAGGUGCAACUGUCUAGAAUCAGCGCCAGUGUUACAAGUGCCGUCGGGAGUUGUCACACCAAUAAUGCAGUGGGGUUUCCGAUCGAUCCGAUUCUUUUGUACCGUGCCAGUGAACCAACCCAGUGUCCCCGCCCGGGUGUAGUGGCUGUCUAGUGCAUUCCUUCAAAAGCAAUACAUCGGCAUCGAAUUAUAGCCACCGUGUGGCUGGUGUGCUGGAGAAAGAAAACAAGGUGUGUCUUAUCGUGUGUUGUUCGCGCUGUUUCCGCGAGAUGUGAUCAAGAUCAAGAAGGUGCGGGUGCGUGCGCGGGAAUUGUGUUGUGAGCGGUGCGAAAACAACGGCGCACAUCCCCCAAGUCGCUAACAAGCCGUUAAGAAUUAGCCUUUUUCUGCUACUUACUCCACCACCGUGAAGUGUCUCUGUGAAGCUAAGUCAAUAUAGCAUUAGCAUUAGUAGUAGUAGUGGUAGUAGUAGUGUUAUAGCCGCCCUGUGGAAGCUGUGUAAAAGAGGGCGAGAUAAAAAGAAGCCAAUUUCACGCCCGGAGAUUCGCCCCAUUUGUUGGGUCAUUUGUGCGAUUCCGCAGAUUCCCCCCGUGCACUAGUGCCAAAACCAGUAAAGAAAAGAAGAAAACGAAAAAAACAACAACAACAAAAAAGCUUCCUGCGUGCCGCUCUUGUGAAGGCCAUUUUCUAUCGCAACAAAUGUCAUAAUAAUAGUAAAACGCACGCACCACCAGGCCAAUUACUCAUCGCCCGCCCGUGCGCGAGUGUGUGUCGUGUCCGUCCGCGGUAUUCUAUCGUCCCCGCCCCGGGUGAUUGCUCGUUGUAGCUGGAGCAAACAACAGGAGAAGAAGAAAAGAAAUAAAAAAGCAAGUGUAUCGCUCCAUCCUGCGAGAUGACGGCAUCGCGCGAUCGGUAAGAAUCGCGAUCGCGGAUCGUUGUAACGUUCGCAUGCGGAACACAUUAGCAACAGCGCGUGGAGUUGCGCCUGCCAGCCUGCUACCGGGACACACCGGAACAUGAGCGGAUCGUUGCGUCCCUUCGUUCCGUCCCAGCCACGGUACAGGAGAACAGCGACGGAGGACGAAGACGGCAGGGGCCGCAUUCGAUGGCGCCGAUAGGCCACCGAUCAUCGGCAACGGAUUGGCAUAGAAAACAGACAGCGCGUGUUCUGGCACAGUCCGGCGGCCCGGUGCCGGCGAACACUAGUGCAGUGCGUGUGUGCGUGCGUGUGUGUGCGAGGUGUGGGUGUGUGCGUAACGCAAAAAUUGCAUCUACGAGGCGCCACCCCUAAGUGAGUGUUGUCGCGGGGCCCUUAUUCUUUCUUCCGACCGUGCAAACCGUGCGUGUGAGUGUCCCCCUAGCGUCUGUGGGGAAGCCGUAGGCAAAACGUGCAAUUUGCAACCGUUGAGUGCAAGCGAAGAAAUUUUCAACCCCCCUACCACCCUUAUCAUCUGGGUUCAGUGCGUUCAGUGCAAGAGAGAAAGAAGGGCAAACGGCAGAAGGAAGGGUCUGCAAGAAGUGCAAAACGUGGUAACGAGGUUGUGUCACUUGUUAGAAAUCGUGUGCCUUACCCACCGCGUAUUGCGUGGGUAGACGAAGCGGCAAACCCCGUCGUAUGCGUUAGUGUUUCUGCGGUAGGGCUAAUAAUAUUCUGCAUCGAAUUCCUAGUGCCUUAUUCUGUGCGCAUGCUGUGCGAAAGAUCGUCAAUUUUUGCUUGUAAUAUAGUUGUUUAGUUGUGCGCCAGCAGCCAGCGAGUAAUUUAUUGGUGAUUUUUGCCGGUAACGGUAGGCGGCCGCCGUCGCCGAUUAGCAAAGAAAAGGAGCGCCAAUUACGGCGGCAAUUGUUUUUGGGCAAAAUGCCACACAACAGCUCGACCGGCGAUGAGCUGGGCAGCACGGACGAGGUGAAAGUGUUUAAGGAUGAGGGCGACCGGGACGACGAGAAGCUGUCCGAGAAUCUGCUCGAGGAAAAGUCCAGCCUGAUCGAUUUGACCGAAAGCGAGGAAAAGACGGUCAAAAACGGAACGACGCGCCAUGAAAGCUCCAACGCGCUGUACGGCGGUGGAAGCGGAGGUGGAGGCAGCGGAGGCGGUGGGACGGGUGGUAAGCUGCCGCACGGGGCACCGCAUCCCGGUUUCAACAUGGGCUACAUCGUGCCGCCGUACUCGUACCCGAACGGUGCUGCCGGUGGGUUGCCGGUGUCGAUGGCGAACAAGAUGAGCUUGCCGCCAUUUUUCUGCCACAACGGUGAUCAUCUUUCGUCGCCCCCGCCCGCCCACUGUGGCAUCUUACCGUACCAGCUGGAUCCGAAAACGAUGAGCCUGACGAGGCCACCGCUGUACAGCUUUCCUACCAGCCAGUAUCCCUACCCGAUGAUCAGCCCGGACAUGCUGCCGGUUCCAUCGUCCUGGCAUUCGCCCUCACUCUACAGUCCGGCCGCCGGUUUCCGGACGCCCUAUCCUUCCUCGCUGCAGAUCUAUACAUCGCUGUCGAGUGAUUUCUAUCGGUACUCUCCCACCUUACUUCCGCCCAGCAUUCAUCCAUCGCAUCCGGUGCUAAAUCCGGGACAUCCGGCAAUCAUUACGCCCGGUCCGAAGCAGGACAUUCCCGGCAGUGGGGGAGGAUCGCACCGGGGAGGUGAUCGGCAGGGCGGGACAUCGAUCAAGCUGGAAUCCUCAUCGUCCGGUACGGAUCAUGAGCUACCGUCGGGUCAUCACCAUCAUCAUCGGUCUUCCGCUUCCUACCAUCAUCACCGUACGGGUGGUUCGCACGGUGAUCAGCAUAGCAGCAAUAACAACAACAGUAACCACCACACGAACCACAACCACCAUCACAACCAUCACCAAAACCAUCACAACAAUGGCAGCGGUGGAGGCGGCGGUGGUCACAAGCAUCAGUCGCUGGCGGAGCGUGAGGCCGCACUGGAGAAGAAGCGCAGCCACGUGAAGAAGCCACUGAACGCGUUCAUGCUUUACAUGAAGGAGAUGCGCGCGAAGGUAGUGGCCGAAUGUACGCUGAAGGAGUCGGCCGCCAUUAACCAAAUUCUUGGCCGCAAGUGGCAUUCGUUGUCGCGCGAGGAGCAAAGCGUCUACUACGACAAAGCGCGCCAGGAGCGGCAACUCCACAUGGAACUCUACCCGGGCUGGACGGCACGGGAUAACUACGGGUAUGGUGCGAAGAAGAAGAAAAGGAAAAAGGAUCGCAGUCCGGCAGAUCCUGGUGGGAACAGUAUGAAAAAGUGUCGCGCCCGGUACGGACUCGAUCAGCAGAAUCAGUGGUGUAAACCGUGCCGGCGUAAGAAGAAGUGUAUCCGCUACAAGGAAACAGGUGGCGGUGAUCGCGGUGAUGGUGGUAGCGAUCGGGAAGGUGGUCGCGAUCGGGGCGAUGGUUCGGAUGAUGCGAUCGGAAGCUGCGGAAGUAUGGAAGACGAUAGCAGUAAAUCACCGGGCGAAGAGGACGAAGAUCGGGAAUCGAUCAACCAAUCACUUUCGAGUCCACGGUGUCUGAGCGUACUCUCGAGUCUACAGUCACCUUCGACGAGUAUAGCAUCUCCGCUGAAUUUACUUGCAAGUCCUGCCACGCCAACCAACUUCUACCACCAUCACGAUCACCUGGGGCUCGCGUCUAUGAUUGCGUCCGCCCAGCAGCAACAUCAGCAGCAGCAGCAACAACUUCAGCAACAGCUCCAGCAACAUCAGCAGCAACAGCAACAACAUUACCUCCACCAACACCAUCACCAUCAUCACCACCACCAUCAGCAGGCAGCGGCAGCGGCGGCCGUUGCUGCAGCAGCACUCCAAAACGUGAGCGAUAAGCUGAACAACAUCAGCAACGAUUCCGGCAUCGGUGGAUCGCAGCUCAACAACAGCUACAGCAACAACUUCAGCCCGUACAACAACCAUCACACCAUGCGCACCAGCUCGUCGUCAUCGUCGGCCAGCAAUGGCACUGGUGGUGGAGGCACCAACCUCAACAACAGCUCCUCCAGCGCAACGAACGGAACGGGCGGUGGACUGGGCAAGAGCCCAACAACGAUGCUGCUACCUCCAACACCUUCAACACCAACACUCGCACCUCCGACGCCCUCGUCUUCCUCUUCCUCCUCGUCGUCGUCGUCCUCCUCGUCCUCAUCCUCGUUAUCGUCCUCGUCCUCUUCGACGCCCUCGCUCCAGAUACCGCCCCAUCUGCAGCAGCUUAACUUAAAGACGUCCCCGCCACUGUUGCCCAACACGCCACCCUCGUCCGGUGGUUCGUCGGUAUCUUCCACGACUGCGCUUACGAUUAAGGAGGAACUCCCCGACAGUAGUACCGGCAAUGGGCCGAUGGGUUCACCCCCGUCCGGGGCACUUCAUCCCGCCUCCUCCACCAGUCCGGGUCCGCCCGGCAACGGUGGGUAUCUGCUGCAUCCCGCCCAUCACCAUCAUCACCUCGCCUCCCUCCAUAGCAGCAGCAACCAUCCACUGCAGCUCGGCCAUACGCAGCUACACGCGACCAGCAAAACCAACGGUGAUCUCUCCCCAUCAACGACGACCGCAACCGUGACGGUCGGUGCAUCCAGCAGCAUUGACAACGGCCCAGCAGCGGCAGUCACCAACGGCAGCAGUAGUCGGAGCAGCAGCAACAGCAGCAGUAGUCAAAUCGCUAGUGAUAGUUUUCCGUAUCUUCGCUGUUGGUGAACCACGUAGGUAGUAGUGCGUUGUGAACGCACCACCCGGGAACUGGUUCAAUGCGAGCGACAAUAAAGGGACGAAAUCCUAGCAUAUCUGUUGCAGUAGAUGGCAAUCAACGGGCCCAACACCUUCGCCAUCGCCCAACCAACAAUGGUUUAUAUUUCUGCCAAUCACAGUGUCACACAACGUAAGUUCGCAAAUGUGGAAAGAAAAUCCCACGUAAGAGAUGAAACAGGGACACAACAUUAUGAUGGGCGUUUUGGGGGGGAAUUUCGAGUCACCUCGAGGAAAAAGUCCCACCAGCUUUUUCGUCGUCUACGCGGAGGACAACGAACGAGCCAACCUAAUGAUCCAGCGUCGAUGCAAAUGCUGGUGGCUCUAGUCAAAACUCAGACGAUAGUUUUCCUUAAACAAAGAAGAAGCGGUGUAUUAAAUCGAUAACACAUUGUGGGCAGUUAGGUGUGCAGGGCACAGGCUACGCUAAGUGCAUUUGUUUGUACAAACUGAUUCCAGAGCUACCUGACGGCCAACGAUUCAUCUCAGUUAGCACUCUACGGUGUGUCAAAAGAACGAUACACGCGGGGUUGAUAAGUGGUGUAAAUCAGGGACGAUCAGGGCAAGAUGCUGCUUAAUCGAGUUGCCGCUAGCUUAAAAUGUUGCUAAGUAGUAUCCUCCAAAGAAACGCGACGCGAGUUUUGUACGGACGAACCGUAAGCGUUGAAGAGUGCGCAUAAGUGGGUUUUGCGACGAAGAUAAAAUCUACUGAAUCUGGGAAACCAGGAGAGAAGGGAAGAAGAGAAAGCUAGACGAGCUAGAACUUGAAGAAGCAGAAGAAAAAGUAUUGAAAAUAAUUGACAUUUGUGUAAUGGCUUUUCGAGUGCACAUGGUGUGCGCGACCAUGUAGUUAUCCAGCGAGAAAAAAGGGAAAUAGGAUAGGCAAUCGAGCAACAAGAGCACAAGCAGCACUGGCAAAGUGCUGCCAACCCUAAAAAACGGGAACGUGUAGUACGAGAGACCGAGAAAGGAAAACGAACAAACGAAUGGAGAACUUGAAAUUGAAAGCGAAACGACGAUCAUCAUUCAGGGCGAGCAUUGUACAAAAUAGCGAUCGCGAGUGGGUGGAUGCACCUUUUAUCAUGGUCACUAGCUAGAAUCGCACAACGUACAGCCGACGCGACGCGAUCGGUUUUCCCGCAGCGCGCCGCACAAGCUGCAGAGCGAAGAGACACCAACGGCAGCAAUAGCAACGAACGUCCAGACGACAGACAAGACAGUCGGUGAAGUUUGUAACUGCGCGCAGCCGUUACAGUGGGCGAGAUUUAGCUGCUGGGAGCGAGUUUUCCCUCCUCGAGCAGCGCCCGAUGACCAGCCGCGCAUAUAAGGACUGACUUUAGAACGACAUUUUUCGCGCCGAAAAUGGAUGCGAAAGGCAAGAUGUGAUUGUGAUUUCUGUGUGUGACGAGCGUACACCACAACUGGGAACCCAGGUGGAAUACGCGAUCAGCCGCGACAAACACCGAAUCAGGUAGUUAGCACGAUCCUGACUGACCGAAGACGACGGUUGAACAGUUUUUGAGAGAUUUUCACCUAAAAUCUUCUCGUCGCAGAAUUCUGCAAAAGUUGAGACGAUUUACGGGCACACGAUGAAGGCCCGGAACGGUGGAAGACAACCCGCGGACAAAUAUAAACGUGGAUAGGAGCCUUGACGAGUUAUGGAGUCGAAACUCCUUUUAGCGUUUUAGAAAAAUUACUUACUACUCGUGGUUUCAUUGCUAUUGCUGUCGUUUAUUUGUCAUAAUUCUUCUCAGCUAUAUCGAAUAUCCAUUCUGGUGUAUGCGUGAUAAACGCACGUUGCUCAAGAGAUCGAAAAUCAAACGGUUUUGUUAAGCGAAUUCCAUGCACGAUCGUUAUCCUGGAAACAGAACAUUGUAAAUAAACAUUGUUACA